AUGCAGAGCACCUUCCCCACAGUGAUCAACCAUCCCGAGCGGAACGAGCUAGGCGCCACUCCCAUGGUCAUCCAGCAAUAUGCGAGGUAUCCUGCCUCCAUAGAGCCGGGGAUACAGAGUGCCUCGUCCAUCGGCAGCGCCCAUUCGCAGCUGGCUAACUCCAAGUCGCCCCCACUCCAUCGCAAAGCAACUCCCCGCAGUGUACAAUCUUCUCCCACUAUCCAGCGCCCAGCUGUUCCCCCGGGGCCACCCGCGCGCUCAGGGCCGUCGAUGUCACCUCCAAUAUUCGACUCCCUGCGGCAACGACAGAUGCGCGACUCAAUAGACCGGGCCGAUUCGCGUGCGUUACCGUCUCGCGACAUUACGGAUGACAACAUCGAUGAUGCCUAUGUCCUUUUCAUAUUUUAUUGUAACCCCAAUGUUCCAGGGUCUGCCGAUUCAACAGAGCUGCGCAAAACCUUUCGGUGCCCUCCGCGUAGUGAUGGCAAGAGCUUCAGUAUCUUUACUCUUUGGGAAUUGAUCAAAAGGCUCGAUAGCAAAGAGCUGAAAACAUGGAUCCAGCUAGCCAUUGAACUUGGAGUGGAACCACCGGACAUGGAGAAGAAACAAAGCACCCAGAAGGUUCAACAAUAUGCAGUUCGCCUCAAGCGCUGGAUGCGUGCCAUGCAUGUAGAUGCAUUUUUUGAAUACUGCCUUGGUCACCCACAUCCAUACUACACACAACUUCCGCCGAAUAACGCCGUGGUCAGUGAUAGUCGCGAUGGUGUUCCUUUGGAAGAAGAUCUCGCUUUAAGAGCCCUGGUACCUGAAUGGAAACCAAAGCGGGGGAGGAAGAGAGCGGAGGAGAGAGAAAUGAACGAGAGGGCCCUGAAAAGGCCCCAACUCGAUACAUCUGUUGGUCUUUUCCAGGCAGGCCCAUUUCCUGCUCAUUCAACGGCAUUUCCCCAAAGCGCUAUUCCUUUCAGCGCAUUCCCAGACGACAUCGAUCCACCCGAUCCAUGGAUGGCAACAUCCUCAUUCCCGGCCGAUGCGCCUACCGAUGCAACUGGAACACAGCAGGGGCAAGAUAUCCGCUGGAAAAGCCUCGACCGCGAGGCAUCACCCGCUGCGUACCCGCAAUCAGCAGUCAUCCCUAGAGGACAUCAUUCAGCAGACCUCUUUAUUCCGUCCGCCGAACCACGAUCCGCAGUCACACCAUCGACCGGGGAAAAGUCGCGUGCUAAAAGACGACAUGGCCCUGCCGUCUCAUCUGCCUGGCCAAACAAUACAACCUCCUCUACUGGUAAGAUGCGUGGCAGACCGCCAAAUAGGGGAACGGUAUCCGGGCCGUUUUCCUCCUUCCCCGUUAAUCCCAACCGUUCCGACCCGUCUCACCUUCACAGCACUGGAGCUAGGCCAACGCCUACCAUUGUUCUUGAGCAAGACUCUGCCCAGUACCAACAGUCCCCCACACCAAUAAAUGCGAGUGGGAAACCGAACAAGCUCCAGCUUCAAGUGCCACAGCACACGGGCGCUCCCGUGCGACUUGCAACCCCACCUACAAUGCUGAUAAACGGUGCGAACAACGCAUCUGCUGUUAUGAAAAACGGAACCGCAGAUUUUCAAGCGCAGGGACCCGGCAACACGCCCAUUGCUAACCCAUCAUCCAAUAUCAAUCGUGGCGGCGUUCCGAACACGAUAAUAAAUCCUGAUGAUGUGGCACGAAUACUCUCUGGUGAGCUCCUUCAGGCGAGACUCACUGGGAGGCAGACUGGUUUAAGCGCAGAAGAGGCGAGGGCCUUAGCGUCAGUCGUGGUGACCAACUUGACUGUCUUGUAUUCCAAGUUGCCUUUCGGUUCUGCUGCUCUAACGUCAGCACUGCACCUUGGAUUAGGACCAUAUUUUGGGUAUUCGGGAGUGACGGACAAUGUGCUAGCAGUCCACAUCAAGCCGAGUCUGAAAAGUACCUGUGAUUCUGGCGUCCCGACCACAAGUGAAGGCUCGGCAACUUCCGUCUAUAACCUCUCUGUCGAAUACAAACACGGUCCGGGCUUCGUAACGAAAGCCUCAUUCGAAGAUCUCCACAUUACUAACGCCGACGUCAAUCCUUCAAUAGCCAUAGGCACAUUUGACAAUGCCCCACGACAACACAACGAAUUGGAUAGUAACGUCGGUGAGCUAGACAGCUUCACUGACGCUGAAUUUGAAGUGGACGGCCCCGAAAUUGCUACCCCCGAGACGACAUGGAAGCAACGGUACAUGAAGCUUCGUGCACAAAUGCAGAAGAGGGAACGAUCGGUAUCCCAGUACAAACGAAAAAUUCUCGAAUCCGUAAUGGCAGAUAUAUAA